AUGUUCUUCAAAGCUCUGGCUAAUGCCACCGAGUUUAAUACCAGACUAGGAGUCGGGGCACUUGAAAUCGCGCGCCGUACCCAAAAUGGUGUUUCCAAUGCUAUUGGAAUCAAGAAAGUACUACCAUCUGCAGUCCAGAAACUCACCAAUCGUGUUUACGACACAAACAAGAACAUUGUACGCCGGGUUGGAUAUGGUAGUGCUAAAAUAUUGCGACGUAUUGACCGAAGGUUUCACGGUAGACGAAACAGAAAACGCCAGGCUUAUGGAAGACGCCAGCCUAAUAACAAACGUCAGGCUUACAAGAGACGCCAACUUAACAGAAAUCGCCGACCUAACAGAAAACGCCAACCUGAUCUAUCGGCUGAAGACUACUACAAAUCAAAUGGGAAAAAUCAGGAGGACCCACCAAGUAGUUCUGGUCUCUAUCAUUCCCAGAGCGCAUGCCCUGACCUCCCAGAUCAUCGCGACCAUAUCUACGAAGCUGAAGACUGGACUCUGCGGCGGCGUGUGGACCUCAGGUCUUCUUGCCCACCGGUAUACGACCAACUCAAAGCAGGGAGUUGUGUUGCCAACGCCAUCGCUGGUGCAUUUGAGUUUAUCUCUAUAAAGCAAAAAUCACAUUUCUCACCGUCAAGGCUUUUUAUUUGGUACUAUGGUCGCCAAAUGACCCAUCCUAAUGACCGCGAUGCAGUCCUCAAAAAUCUUGGGAUGUCAUUCCGAGAAGGUAUUAAAUCCCUUGCCAAAAAUAGUCACGGCGUGUGUUCAGAACACGACUGGUCAUAUGAGAUUGCCGAGUACAAUCCGAAGACGAAAUACUUUGUCCCCGGGGCUAAGGCGGCAAAGAAGCCACCUGCUCGGGCACAGAAACAUGCUCAUCAGCAUACCACAGUCAAAUACUUUUCAUUUCCUGGAAAAGAAAAAAAAAAGCUCAAAGACAGCCUUGACAAGGGGUAUCCUUUUCUUUUUCUGCUGGUACCACAUGAUGGAUUGAAAAGAAUUGGUGGUGACUAUGGCUACACACUGAAGAUGCCAACGCCUGAUGAAUUAAAAAAGUGGAAGGGACGUCACGGCCCCUUAGCGGUUGGUUAUGAUGACGCUGAAAAAGUCUUCAUCGUUCGCAAUUCAUGGGGGGCUCACUGGGGUGAUGGUGGGUACUUUUACAUGCCAUAUGCAUACCUCAAAUACUGCAGUGAUAUCUGGACUAUUCGUCUAGUGAAGGGUUAA